AUGGCGUCGAUCAGCUCCAUUCUGGGGAAUGGCACCGCCAACAUUACCACCGACUGCACGGCCAUAUUCUGCUACCCGACGUCCAAGUCUGGCCAGAACAUCGUGACGGGCCUCUACCUGGACCUGGCGCUGGGGGCCCUCUUCCUCAUCGGUUUCGUGCUGUGGAGGGGGUCCUUUCCCAUCUACCAGGCCCGCAUGUACAUUGCCAAGAAGCAGUGGCGCCCAGCGCUCAUGCCACUGAAAGGGCACCGCCGGCUCUGGUCUUGGCUCGUUCCUCCUUUCACAGUCAGUGAUAGCGAGCUGCUGCGCCAGGCCGGACUGGAUGCUGUGGCCUCCCUGCGCAUCAUUGAGUACGGCAUUCUGGUCCUGGCCCCCCUGACCGUGCUGGGAGUGGCAGUGUUGAUCCCCGUGAACUACACCAACUCUGCCAGCGAGAUCGUGUCAGGGUCGCGGCUGGACUCCGCCUUCCUGCGCAUGACCAUGAGCAACAUCCCCAAGGAUUCUGGCAGGCUCUGGGUGCCCUUUGUUUACGUCAUCCUCUUUGUGGCCUGGGCCUCCUUCCUCCUCGUCCGCUACCACAAGGCGCACCUGAGCCUGGCCAUGUGGCACGAGUUCCACCCCGAGUCGGAGGUGGUCAAGGGCCACAGCAGCCAGGAGGAGGCCGGCGACUCGCCCGUGGGCAACGGGUCGGCGGCACCCCCGCCGGCCCCCGCCAGCUCUGAUGCGUCGGCGGGCGGCGUGAGCGUGACCCUGGCGGACCCCGAGGCGGGCCUGCUGAGCCGGCGCACGGCCAGCCACAUCGACUCGCGCGUCGUGCCCAGCGUGCUGCCGGGCGCACCGCCCGUGGCCCUGGGCGGGCCCGAGUGCGUGCUGACCGUGCGCGGCCAGCCGUACGGCGUGCCGCGCGUGGGGCGCUACGCGGUCCUGAUCCUGGACGACGCGGAGGAGCGGUACCACUUCUCCGGCGAGGGCGUGCUGCCGGGCGUGUCGGUGCUGUCGCGGCGGCGCCGCGGCUGGCCCGCCAGCUACGCCGUGUCCGCGGGCCGCGUGUUUGGUGAGGUGUUUGCCGACGACUUCGUGGCCGUGGUGCCCGUCUACGACUGCCGCGCCGUGGACAAGCUGCUGCACCGCCGCUUCGGCCUCGUGCGCCGGCUGGAGCGCAGCCGCGCCGCGCUGCAGGCGCACGAGGCAGGCGAGCCCGGGGACGGAGCGCCGGCGCCCACCCCGCGCCGGCGCAAGCGCCGGGACGCGCGUCUGGCAAAGCUGACUGCGGCCGCCACGCAGCUGGAGGACGAGCUGCGUGCCGUGCUGUUGGAGGUGGAAACCGCGAAACGGCGCACGCUGGAGCGCCCGCCCACGGGCCCCUUCUUCGCCGUGUUCCGCACGCAGGAGGCGGCGGCCUUCGCCGCGGGUGUGAACGUGAAUCCGCCCGAUCAGCACCUCAUGCGCGUGCUGCCCUCGCCCGACCCCGCCGACAUCAACUGGGUGGCCCUCCUCCGCGGGUGGAAGCAGCGCAUGGUGCGCCCGCUGCUGGUCUUCCCUGUCAUCAUGGUCAUCAUGCUGUUCCCCAUCGGCAUUUUCACCGGCGCCUUCUCACAGCUCAGCACGGCCAUCUGCGGCGUGCCUGCAGGGGACGCCGACCUCACCACCUACGCCACCUCCUGGUUCUGCUCCGAUGAACGGUUGGCGCGCUUCCUGCGCAACCUGCUCACCGGCUUCCUGCCCUCCCUGCUGCUGUCGCUGUACCAGGUGCUGGUGCUGCCCCUCGCGUUCUACCUGGUGGCGCAGGCGGAGGCCACCAGCUUCAGCCUGGAGGACCUCGACUACCGCUGCGGCGAGCUCUUCUUCUACUGGAACGUCUUCAACCUGUUCCUGGGAGCCCUGCUGGGGGGGUCCGUCCUGUCGAGCAUCCAGACCUUUCUGGAGCGACCAUCCAACAUCUGGCCCCUCCUGGGCAAUGCCAUCCCCGCCUCUUCCAACUUCUUUGUCCUGUAUGUGAUGUUCCGGGGAUUUGCCCUGGUGCCCUUUCGUCUCUUCUGGCCUGCAGCCUCGGUGUUUGUGUUCAUCCUCAAGUGGCUCCGCAUCAUCUCAUAUGGUUAUGGAGGCAUGCCCACCGGUGAAUCCCAUGCCUCUGCUGCGCUGACCAAGGAUAUCGCUUGCCCCGCCGCCACAGGGGCCAAGGUUCCCAUCGACAAGGCCAUGGAAAUCCCAGCCCGGAACCUGCGCUACAGCCGGGACAUCGGCGUCAUUGUCAUGGCCAUCUACGUGGCGGUGUUUGCGUACGCCCCCAUCACCCCCUUCAUCCUCCCGUUUGGGCUGAUCUACUUCAGCCUGAUGUGGAUCGUGUGGAGGUACCAGGCCCUGUAUGUGUACGAGAGCGUGACAAAUGCCCAGGGCCGCAUCUGGCCCUACUUUGCCCAUAGGCUGGUGGCAUGCCUGCUCAUCCAGGUCAUCUUCACCUCGGCCAUGUUCAUCGUCAAGGGGGGCUACGUCCAGGCAGGCAUCUUGCUCGCAGUGCUCAGCCUCUCCCUCUACGGCCUGCGAAGAUACCUCAAGCUGCUGGAUCGCAAGGGAGGCAUCCAGACCCUGCGGAGCAAGCACUUGGCCGGGCGAGUCGAUCCGCCCCUGGACCUCUUCACCGCCCCGCCGCUGAGGAGCGACGCCGACUCGGUGUGGUACCCAGAGUGGGGCAAGGCGUGGCAGUACUGGGGCGUGCCCCGGUAUGGCUUUUAG